AGAAAAACUGCAGCAUGCUAUGUAAAAUAUUUCUUAUGAAGUUAAGCAAGAAACUCAUCACAAUGGCUGUACGUACGCGAAUUGUCACAAGCGGCACGAUGUCUAUUCUUAUCAAAUAGGUUAACAGAAUCAAAUAGAAAUAUUUUCCUGGUUUGAUAUAGGCAACCAAGAUUACGAAUAAAAGCUCAGGACUGAUAUUAUUUUUAACCUGUAAAACAAUGUCUGAUUCAGAUUCAGACGAUGGUUUCGCCAAUUUGAUUACGAAUAGUGAAGAAAACUUCUGGAAAACAUAUCAGACAGCUCCAAAAGUUGAAGAACCCAGCAAACCAUUAAAUUUUUAUAAAACAAAUGAUAAUUCGGUUAAUACACCAUCAACUUCAGGCACAUCUUCUAAUAUAUCAAAAACAGUCAGUGAUAAUACAACAAAUGUUUCUUCAAGUGGUGAUUUGAACAGUUUUAAACCACAAAACAAUAAAAGACUAUCAACAUCACCAGCAGGAGAAAUACAUGAAGCAAAACAACAAAAGAUUCAAAAUGAAAGCGCCCAUACAUCAGAAGAUGAUUCACCUAAAGCAAGUAGUAGUGCCAGGACAACAAAAAGAAAUCUUUUGAGUUCAAUACUUGUAACAUUAUCAAAACCAAUGGAUUGCACUCCUGAUACAACUGAAAGUCUAGAAACAACAAAUGAACAACCAUCAAACACUUCAAAAAAGAUUGGUAGAAGAAAAAAGGCAACAAAAUCAACUAGAAAACAACCAAAGCGAGGAGCACAAACACCUCAACAACCAACAACUAGUCUUUUAUCAAUUCCUUCUCCUAAUUCAAUAGAUACAAAUAAUUUUGAAACCCAAAUUGAUGAUCCGUCGAAAACACCGCCACGAGAACCACGAACUGAAACCUAUUCGAAUCGAAUAAUGAACGUAAAAGUCCUCUGGAAAUCAUUAUACCUAAAAAUAUUCAAAAUCAAACGAUUCACACCAUUACAACGCAUCAUAGACCACUUUGCAACCGCAGAAAACGUCGAUCCCAAACACAUUUGCUUCAGCAUCAACGAUAAAAUCAUCAACUUAAGUCAACACUCAUGUGUGACACUAAAAUACAAACCGCAUGAAGAAAUAGAAGGCGGCGUGCUGGACAGCGAUGGUCCACAGACAAAGUUUUCAACCAAAGAAGAACACGGUGUUAAAUUAAAAGUGCGCCUCAAUAAACAAUCAGAACUAAUAAUCCUCCCAGAGGAUAUUUUAUCAGAACAUUUAUACGCGCAAGUUGUGAUAAAAUUCGGCAUUGAUUUCGGCCGUUUUAAAUUAGAAUUCGAUGGAGAAAUCAUCAACUUUUCGGAUACAAUCAAAGAAACCGGUUUGGAAAGUGGUGAUUGUAUAGAUAUUUUGUUAUAGGAUAGAUUAAAAAGCAGAUUUUUAGAAAAAAAUUAAAUUUAACUUAUUACGCAGGUAUUUUCAUAUUACUAAGACGCAGAAUAAAGUCUAACAAAUGCA